UUAUCAAUGAUGCACUGCGCUAAAUCCAACGUAAUACGCGAUACUUCAGAUAUUUGCGACAGUCAAAAACUGCUGCUGAGCUUAUAGUUAUGGAUUCUAUUGACUAUAAAAGGGAUUUCGUUUUAAUAAGACGUAGUGCAAUGUUACUCUGAUCGUUCCUCCGAAUCGUUAAUUUCAUCGUGCGUACGAUGUCUCGUUAAUCGCAGCUGGUUUACCUAUUUUAUUCAAACGUUACUCGAGUGUUAGCGGAAAUUGUGCAUACCUAAUAAUAUAGAUUAUCAAGAUUUUUGGGUGAAUCACACUUGUUCAAAUCCAAGGUAUGGCAUUUCGUAGACGAAGUACAUCAGGGUCUAAACCACAGCUUAAAGAAAAAGUUGUACAAAUUUAUGAGUCAUUUUUUAAAGGUGAAGAUGUCUCGAAAGAUAAUGAUAAUUUUUGGGAUGAAUUUUUCUUACUCAAACCUAAAAUAUCAUAUAUUGAGACAGAAAUGGAAAAACUAAGUAUUGAACAAUUGAUAACACUUCAAGAUAAUAUUAGACUAUUAUUUAUCAAAUGUAUCACAGCAUUUGAAUGUCAACAUCAAUUGCGUAUAAUAUUCUCAUUAAAAACGUUGACAUGUUUAGUAAGCAGUCUAUACAAAAAAUUUAGAAUCAACCCUACAUUUGAAUUCAUUUCUAUUUUGGUGAUACCAAAAGACACUGAUAUGGUUUUUGAGAAUUUAUUGGGGAAAUGCAAUAUAAUGUUACGUGAACCUGAAUGUGUUGUUGUUAAAGACCUAUGUCUACAAUUUUUACUGACAAUCGUUACUGGAACCGACAACCUCAAUGAAAACCCAGCUCUUCGCCAUUUGAUGUCUAACAGUGUUUUUGAACCUUUAACAGAAGUUCUUUCAAAUAAUAUAUACCGAACAUAUCAUGGCUAUGAUUCUAUUUUGCUCUUGACAUUACUUAUGAAUGUUGAAACUGCUAAGAAGACAAAUCCAUAUGUAGUCAAGUUAUCAUUGUUAGACAAAGAAGACACUUUAAAUGGUUAUAGCCAGAUUAUAAGAUGGUCAUUAGAAGAAAUUUGUCAACAAUAUAGAUCAGAAGAAAUAGCACAGUACUCAAACAAUACAUGGUUUAAUACAUUUACAUCAGUUGUUAGCAAUAUGUUAUUUGUACCAGAUACUAUUGAAGAACAUAAUAUUGAGUUGCCUCAAGAAAUCAGGUCAAUGAGUGGGAUAUUAAUAGCAUUGUAUGAAGCUGUACAUUAUAACAGAAAUUUCAUGACUACAUUAACACAUUGUCAUUCAUCCAAUAACUAUGAGUUACAUCCCAGUGUUAUGCAACAGACACAGUCAGUUACAAAUAAUCCUGAUCUCAAAUCGCCAUCAGAUAAUCAAUUCUCCAAUCUUCUAGUCACAUUUUUUCAAUAUUGUUCAAUUGUAAUGCAGGACACAAAAACUGAAGCAAAUGCAAAUAAUUCAAUGCUUUGCUUUGUAAUAUUGUCUAGUAUUACUGAUGAUCAAUUUGCUAAUUCACUUAUGCAUGAUGUAAAUUUACAAUUUAAAGUUGAUCUAUAUAGAUCACCUACCAGACGAUAUAUGUUUGUUCCGGACAAGUCACCAAAACCUUUGGCUGCUGCUCUAUUAGAUUUGAUGAUCGAGUUCAUGUUAGGACACAUGAUGAAAAAAUUGCCACUUGAUCAAUACAUGAAAUGUAUAAGCAUAAUUCACCGUAUAAUAUGUUAUCAAAAACGAAAUAGUGUACGUUUGUGUUACAAUUGGAAAGAUUUAUGGAGUUCUUUAAUCACUGUGUUAAAGUUUUUGAUGACAUAUGAACAUCAACUUUCACAAGAUAUAAAUAUUUAUGAUUUAGGAAUACAAAUUGUAAACAUAUUUAACUUAUUCAUUACCUAUGGUGAUAUGCUACUUCCAUCACCUAGUAGUUAUGAUGAAUUAUACUAUGAGAUUAUUAGAAUGCAUACAGUUUUUGACAAUAUAUAUGUCUUAUCAUCAAGAAAUUCUUCAGCUAUUAGUGAACACAAAUUAUCUGCCACAAAAUUAUCCAAUUGUUUAAUCAAUAUCAGAGCUAUAAUCAAUCAUUAUAUACCAAAAAUCGAUAAUUGGUUAGAAAAGAAUUCAGUGACUACUCCUGUUGGUGAAGAAAUUUUAGAAGUUGUAAGAAAUAAUUAUGAUACACUGACACUGAAACUAUUACUUGAUUGUUUGGGAAGUUUUGAAUCAAACAAGUCCAAUCAUGAUUUGUCAAGCUCAUCACUUAUCAAACUAAUGGUUAGCAAAGUAGUCAAGGAUACACGGCAAUCAUUAAAGCAUUCCAACACUGAUCUUCAACAAAUUCUUCAGAACUUUUCACUUUACACUAAUCCGUCAUAAUAUUUUAUGAAACAGUAUUAAUAUUAUAUUCAAAAACUAUUUAUUUAAAUAUGAUCAAAUGCAAUUUUAGAAACCUUUUUAAUUGUGUUGCCUUUUUAUAAUUGUAAAUUAAAGGACAUCACAACACUAUUUUUUCUUUCAAUUUUAAGUUAUCGGUGUAUUAUUGUAGUCAAUACAAUGAAAAACGUUUUGGUAAAAAUCCAGAAAUAGUAUUUCAGAAUUUUUUUUUUCAUAAUCUUAAGUAUAUUUAUGUGCUUAAGUGGUGUGAUUUAAAAUUGAAUUUAUCUUGUUGUUAUAUACGUCAUAUUAUAAAUUAUAGUUUAGUAAAAUUAAUGAAUUUGUGACCCGCAUCAUGUUAACACACAAACCAAAUUUUAUAAAUUUUACAAUAUUAGUUCUGUCUACUAUGAAAAAACUAGAAAGUAUAUCAAAGUUAUAAUUACACCAGUGUCAUAAACACAAAAAAUACUUAGGGUUACCUAAAAAAAAAUUUUAAAUAUUAUAUUUAACGAUUGAAAUUAUUGUGUUAAUAUAAACACUUUUGCACGUAAAAUAUACACCACUGUUCUGACUUCGGCUCUAUGACAUCAUACACAUAUUUUCAAACUCCUGUAUCUCAUUGAAUAAUAAGUGUUGUGUAUACUGUAUACUGUAUAUAAGUGUGAAACUCGCACCAUAUUUCUUAGAUAAUGACAUACAUCAAAUCUAAGCAAACUUGUUUUUAAUGCUGUGAUGUCCUUUAAAAUUGGAAAUGAUUGAACGAAUUAAAUAUUAUAUAAUAAUUCUCAUUGAAUGAUUUUUUUUCUUCAAUUAAUUUAAACUUUCUUAUAAGUCAUGUUUUUUGUUUAUUAUUAUUUAUUUAUUAUUGUAGGUAAACAUUUACCAAAAUUGUGUUAUAAAAUAUAAUCGAUUCUAUCUGAAAUUAUAAAAAAAAAAAAUGUGUGUCAAACAUAUUUUUUCUUAGAUGAAUUUUUCAUAAUAUGAACAAUACUCAUUGAUUUGUAUAAAUUAAAAACAAAAUAUAUGCUAUUUAUAUAUUAUAA